AUGUCUACCACAGCAAAGACGCCGGCCAGCGUGGGAGUAGCACCAUGGCGACCACUCUUCCUCUCGCAUUUGGCAAAGAUGGACUCACCGGAGUUCGUCUUCAGCACCCUCAGUCCUUCGGAUGCGAAAGACACGCCCACACCUUAUGUUCCCAGAUCCCGAUACUGCAUAUUUCGCGGAAUGUGGGCCGAAUUGCCCGAGAACAAACACAACGAGGCGCCGCAGAACGAGAGGGUCUAUGAGAGCGACCUCCCGACCCUGACGACCGAUGUUCGUAUGCAUAAAGUGCCUGAGAUAUUUGCGAGCUCGAAGGGUCACGGCGAGGAAAGUCAGAGUCAGGGGAGCGGUGGUGGGGGACCGGUCGAAGCUGUGUUCUGGGUGAAGGAGACCAUGACGCAGUGGAGGAUUCGCGGGGAUGCAUAUCUCGUGUCUACUGAUAUUGAGGGUGAUGGGGAUGGCUCGAGUGGCACAAAAACCGUCAAGGCUAAGAUUGGUGAGAGGAUGAGAGUGGUGAAGGAGGAGGGCAAAGAAGGUUGGAGCUGGUCCAAAGAACUGACGGCCCAUUUUGGCAAUCUGAGUCCGGGCAUGCGUGGUAGCUUCAAGAACCCCGCACCAGGUACCUCCGUGUCAAUCCCACCUCAGGACAAGUCACUGGCUCUUGGACAAAAGGUGACCGAUUUGAACGAUGAGGUUGCGAGACGGAACUUUCGAGUGGUUAUAAUUAGACCGGAGGUGGUCGAGCAACUUGAUUUGACGGAUCCAGAGAAGGCUCGCAGAUGGUUGUUCACCUAUGUCGGACCGAAGGGUGAUGCGGACCAUCACGGAGAUGAUGUUGGUGAGUGGAAAGUGGAAGAACUCUGGCCGUGA